GUGACCACUUCCGGCCCAUCGCCGGGGUGGGCGUGGCCACGUUGCGUCAUAGAGCUGGGCUAGAGGCCAGAACUCCAACACCCCCAAAACCCGCUGAGGUCCGGCCAGGUCAGAAGCGUCCCUAGCGACAGCCAGAGAGGGGACUAGGGCGCGAGAGUACGACUGGGGAUCAUUCUGGAAGAGAGUUCAGUCUUUGGUAGCUGCCAGGAGCCUUGAGAACCUCAGCAUCAGAAUUGAGGAGCAUCAAAGAAAAGGGGAUAUUGAAACUGACCGGGUCCCGGAUCUCUGGUCCUGGUGCUGAGAGUAACGUGAUGCUAGUUGGAGACCGAGGGAGAAUGAAUGUACCCAGAGGUCAAAGAAGAGUUGCUGUAGGGGUCUGUGGCUUUGGGGGUUUAGAAAAGCUACUGGAAAAUAAGAAGUUUGUGGCUAGAAGGAAAUCCAUGGUAACUCCACUGAAUUAACGACCUUAUAAUUCCUUAGAAUCAAGUGAAGCAAGGAGAAGGAAGUUCCAGGACCAGGAGAGCAUCACUUGUGGGGAUAUCAUUAACUUGAGAUGUGAGAUCUACGACCAGAAUUUGAAAGACAGUCUAGAAGUGUAUAGAAACCAAGAGAUCCCCAUUCCUGGCCAUCUUCUAAGAGCAGAAGAAAAUGACCAAGGUCCAGGGAUCAUUAUUAUUUGAAGAUGUGGCCGUGGACUUCACGUGGGAGGAGUGGCAGCUCCUGGCCCCUGACCAGAAGGCCCUGUACCGGGACGUGAUGCUAGAGAACUACAGCCACCUGGUGUCCGUGGGGUUGCAAAGUUCCAAACCAGCUGAAAUCUUCAAAUUGAAGCAAGGAGACCAGCCAUGGUUAGAAGAGGAAAACACCUCUGGUCAGAACUCACCAGAAGUUGGAGAAGUUGGUGAUCAUAUGCAGUGGUACUUGGAAAUCCAAAACAAGCUUAAAAAUGUGGAAAGAGGCCAUGAACAUAGUUCAUCAGGAAAUAUUUUUCAUCUGCACAGAAAUCUUGUUACAUUAAGGCAAAGCCAUGAUAACAUACUGAACUCUAGUUUAGAUUUAAUUAACCAGAAUAAAAACUGUGUUGUGAAGAAAUCUGGUAAGAUUAAUAGACAUGAGAAAUCAUUUCUUCAUACUAAGCAUGAAAAAAGUAACACUGGGAUUAAACGCAGUAAGUAUGGAAACAGGACCAGCACAAAUCCAGAACUCAUGAUCCAUCAAACAGAAAAAGGAAAGAAACAUCAUGAAUGUGUUGAAUGUGGGAAAUCCUUCAUCAAAAAGUCUCAACUCACCGUACAUCAGAGAACUCAUACGGGAGAAAAGCCGUAUAAAUGCCUUAAGUGUGGUAAAGCCUUCUGUCGGAAAGCAGAGCUCAACAUACAUGUGCAAGUUGAAAGAGGAAUUAAACCCCACGGAUGCAGUGAGUGUGGGAAAGCUUUCUUCAGGAAGUCUCAGCUCCUCGUUCAUCAGAAAACCCACACAGGAGAGAAACCCUAUGCAUGCAGCGAGUGUGGGAAAGGCUUCAUCCAGAAGGGAAAUUUCCUCAUACAUCAGCGGACUCACACUGGAGAGAAGCCCUACAGGUGCAGUGACUGUGGGAAGGCCUUCAGUCAUAAGCCAUGUCUCGUCGCACACCAGGUGUUUCACACCGGAAAUCCUCCCUAUGUGUGUGGUGAAUGUGGAAAAGCCUACUUUCAGAAGUCAAGUCUCAUUAGACAUCAGAGAGGCCACACAGAAGAGAAACUCUAUAAAUGUGGUGACUGUGGGAAAGGUUACUCCACGAAGGCAAUCCUCAGUAGACAUCAGAGAAUCCAUACGGGAGAGAAACCGCAUGGAUGCAGCAACUGUGGGAAAGCCUUCUUCCACAAGUCCUCCCUCACGAAACAUAAGAAAACUCAUGUGAAAGAGAAAGGCGUAGACUCAGUCAAGGUGGAAGGUGAUCCCUUUGGGAAUCAGAGCCCACGUACCACAGAAUCCACACAGGAGAAAAAGUCUGUUAAAACAGUGACAGUGGACGUGCCUUCCACGGCAGUCCCGACGUCAGUAAACAUCAGUGGGUUCCUAGCCCAAGGGAACGUGGUCCUGGUGGGACAGCCAGUGGACAGAUGUGCACCCUCAGGAGAUAACAGAGGAUUUGCCCAGGAGAGAAACCUAAUGAACGCAGUAAAUGUUGUAGUGCCUUCGGUUACCAGUUACAUCUUAUUUUAUGUCCCAGGAAACAUGUAGGGAAGAUUUGAUACAUUCAAUGUGGAAAAGCCUUUUGAUCAAAGUUUCAGCUCUUUAUGUGGUUGAAAACUUUCACAGAGAGGAUGCCAAUGAAUGUAAUGGUAAUGGAAAGAUAGACUUCAUUAAGUAUCAGUGGCUCUUAGUAGGUUGAAUUGUAGUAAGCUUGGCUUAAAAGUCAUCAAUAAAUUCACAUCAGAAAGAGGUUUUAGGAAGGUUGUUGUGUCGGGUCCUUAAGACCAGCCUCACUUCUGAUUAUUCUCUAAAAGCACUCAUUAAACUUAUAAAAGCUGCUCUACCUAUGGUUACAGUUGAUCAUAGUGAAAAGCUACAAAUAAAAAGUAGCAAAUGCAAAAGGAGCAUAAGGCAGAAUUUAGGAGACACCAGGUCCAUACUUUCCGUUGUCCUCUCAGUGGAGUUGUAUGGACCGUGCUUAGUUCUUCCAGCAAUAACAUGACAACACUCAGGGGUUAUUGGCAACCAGGGAAACUCACCUCAGCUUUAGCGGCCAGGGUUUUUACUGGGGGUGAGUUAUGUCGGCAUGGAGAGACCACGUGACUGAUCUUAACCUCUCAAAUGUCAGCCCCCUAAAGGUCAGAAUGACACAGCGUGGUCCAGAGCCCCAGGCAGACAGGAAGGGGUGUUCGACCAAAAUCGUAUUGCUAGCAUACACAUACAACUUGGCCCAAACCCCAGGUAUACCCAGACAGUCUGGUCAGGCAGGAUGAGAACCUUUAAGGGCUCAGAGGGUCCUUUCCAGGUGCCAGUGAAGUUUCCUUCCUUUCUGUGGAAUGUGCAGGGUCCAAACACCCCAAACCUGCCAGGUCAGCCCUUCGCUGCGUGGCAGUGCAUAGGACAAGGGUUUCCGUAACGUUGUUCCCCAUCACGUGUCAGAAAUAAAUGUGGAUAUGCUCAGUAUGUAGACCCUUUAGCAAAACCUCAGGGAUCUUACAAAGGAGAUAAGCCCAUGACUGCAAUAGAAAUUUGGACACUUGUCCUAAGUCUACCCUCAUUUUUCAUCAGAUUAACACCGUUGAUGUGUAUUUUGAGAUCAUAUGCCUUGAGCUCUUCCUCACUGCUGUGUGGAACACCCCAUAACUCAACGAAGGUGGUUUCUGGACCAUAUUGCAUUGUUAUGUCUGCAUCUUCCAGCACCUUUGCUGAAUUCUUUUAAAGGCUAGUUGCUAGGCCAGUCCACCCACAAGGGGGGAGUUGGGACUCUUUGAGGGCCUUGUGAGAGUCAGAAUGACAGAAUAAUGAUUUUCAAGAAAAAAAGACAUCCUUUGCCGAGAGUUGCCAUGAUUUCCUGCUUAGAAGGUGCUUGAAGGGAACCUGGUGUGUGGCCUCUCGUGCCCAGCCUGGCCUGCAGAGCCAGCCUUUUGCCCUGGCACGAGUAUCCCAGUAUAAACUAGUUCCCCAGUCGUCUCACUGGGGAGCUGGCCGCGAGUGUCAGCAGGCGGGAGUGUGGCCGUGGAGUCCCGCGGAGGGAUGGAGGGGAGGGGUGAGCCCCCGAGGGACCCUGCGGAUUGGAAGGAAGGCAGGUGGGCGUGCUUCACCAGGGCGCCAUUGGGUCGGUUCAGGAAAUCCAGUCAACCGCUUCACGUGAAGCCGCUCCCAGUCAGGCAGGAGGCUCCCUGCUGCCCUGUCAUUUGCCUUUUUGACUUGUGUGAUUCAGGCCGGUCGCUUACCCCCUCUGACGCUUGUUUUCGUAGGCUCUGUCAGCACGGUGAGCAGGCUUGUUCCAAUACAGGAGUGUCACCGGAAGGAACGUGGGAAAGUGUAUCCCCCGACUUCCACUGCCCCUCUUUGGGCUUCUGAGGCUGGUGUUUCCCGAUCUUGUCGCCGGGAGCCCCACCUCUGCCAAAGGCCCCGCCCAUAAAAAUGGGGAGGCCUGCCCUCAAAACUGACCCCCCUCGGUCACAGGGACAUUCCUCCUACUUCAUCUUUCUUGGUCCAGCCCUCUCCGCUCGCCCUACAGAGACUGUGCCAUUUCCUCUCCACAUCUCCAUCCUCUGUCCCGCUAACCCAGCAAGGGCUUCUGUGCGCACGGUGCAGAAAGCGGGCGUUUGCAGCAGAGUAAUGGCUAUUUGCAGGGCGCCAAGCAGAGGAGUGAGAGACAAGUCUCAGAUCCACUUCAUCUUGGUCUUUGAGUUAGGGAUGUUUUAAGAGGGGGGAAAAAAGAGGCUGGGAUUAAUCACCGUUUUGUGACGUUUGUUAAUCGUGGUUUCAGGAGUCAGGACGUCUCCGGUUUAAGAUCUUUCUGGCCGGGUGGUUAUGGCUUGGGGCCUGAAAGCUCAUCUUGCCCUGGAGAAACAACCUGAGUCUGUGUGUUAAUGAUGCUGUUUACAGCAGCAAUUCUGUUACAUUAAGGAUGUUAUCGACAACAGCUGUCAGUCAUCAGACUGGUGUUUAGCUGGCACAGGACUGAGGUCACAGGGCACAAGAAAGGGGAUAAAGUUUUGGAUAGAGCGAUUCAUUAUAAACUCAGGGUGGGAAGAGAUAGACUGGGAUUUCAAAAUUGUAGAAUAGAUAAACAAGAUUAUACUGUAUAGCACAGGGAAAUACAUACAAGAUCUUAUGGUAGUUCACAGAGAAAGGAAUGUGACAGUGAAUAUAUGUAUGUUCAUGUAUAAUUGAAAAAUUGUGCUCUACACUGGAAUUUGACACAACAUUGUAAAAUGAUUAUAAAUCAAUAAAAAAUGUUAAAAAAUACAUGCUUCAAAAAAUAAAGUUACCAAAUUAAAGAAUAAAAAAAAUAUAUAUAAACUCAGUAAGAGAACUCGGUUUUAGGGGGACUUGGUUUCAACCCCCACUCCUGUUUAAACUUGCCCCAUGUCUUUGAGGGAACAGGUGACGACUGCUCUGGCUACUUUCUGCCUCAGUCUGGGGACUGGAAAUGUUGCCUACUGAGCUGGACAUAUUCCCGAGUUCCAGGUCUUGGACCAGAGUCUUACAUGAGUAAAAUCUUAGUCCCCUGGUCCAUUGUUUUGGUGCAGGAGACCCAAUUAGAAGUAGGAGGUGGAGUGACAACCUAAACUUUAGUAAACCUUGGGAAAGAGUUCUUAUUCCUGAGGAAUUCAAGAGAAUAAGCCUGAAAAUCAGUCAGAACCUGGUACUUCUGGGGAGAUUUAUUGUAGCCAGGUAGCCAGUUGCCUAAUUUUAUCUAAGCAGGUUUUAACUUCAGGUGUGAUAUAUAUAGAUGCAUAUAUAGAUAUGUAGAUAUAUAUCAGGAGCUUCUGGCUACUACACAUAAAAUUUGAUCUAAAGCAGUUUUAUUGUCUAGUACUAUUCUAGCUAAAGAAUCGAGUGCCUCACGCCUGUCAGGAUGGCUGUUAUCAAAAGUCUACAAAUAACACACGUUGGAGAGGAUGUGGAGAAGUGGGAACCCUUGUACACUGUUGGUGGGGAUGUAAACUGGUGCAGCCACUAUAGAAAACUAUGGAGAGUCUUCAGAAUCUAAAAAUAGAACUACCAUGUGAGCCAGUGCUUCCACUCCUGAGUAUAUAUCUGGAAAAAAUGAAAACACUAAUUUGAAAAGAUACAUUCAUCCCAAUGUUCACAGCAGCACUAUUUACAAUAGACGAGACAUGGAUCAACCCAAGUGCCAUCAACAGACAAGUGGAGAAAGAUGUGGAAUAUAUAUACAAUGGAAUAUUACUCAGCCAUAAAAUGGAUGGAAUUCUGCCAUUUGCAGCAAUGUGAAUGGGCCUAGAGAUUAUUAUGCUUAGUAAAUUAAGACAGAGAAAGACAAAUACUGUAUAUUACUUAUAUGUGGAAUCUAAAAAAUAAAUGAAUGCAAAUGCAAAACAGAAACAGGUUCAGACUCGCAGGAAAACAAACUCAUGGUUACCAAAGAAGAGGGAAGGGGGAGGGAUAAAUUAGGGAUGUGGGAUUAAGAGAUAAACUGUAUAAAAUAGAUAAGCAACAAGGAUAUAUUGUACACCACAGGGGAUUAUAGCCAUGAUUUUGUAAUAAAUUUUUAAGGAGUAUAAUCUGUAAAAAUACCGAAUCACUAUGCUGUAUACUUGAAACUAAUACAAUAUAGUAA